CUUCCUGGAUAGUUGUCUUUAUCAAAAUUAUUCCCCCAUUAGUAUCAUGUUUCACUCGAGACAUGAAAUUGCAAUUUCGUUUCAUGAAUUGGUGGUAGGUGGGGAUUUCUCACAUUUUUACCCGGAAGUUUUACACAAAGGUAAUAUCGCUGGAUAUAUUAUCUUAUUUCUGGAGGAGUGAUCGGUAGCUAUGGAUGUAUCUUGCUAGUAUGGUUACACAUUAGUGUAUAUAUAAUCCUGGUGAGUAGCCAAAGGAUAAAUCUAGCCAUUAAUCAACACAGUCUUCUUCAAGCAUCAAUAUGACUACUUCUCCUCGGAUAUCCUCUGAUUCCGAGACUUAUCACAACGAUAUGGUGCUCGAAGUCCGUGUCCUGUGCUGUCCGAAGACGCUUUGCUGGACUGACCGGAACUGCGAUGUAAUUUCUGAACUUAAGAAAGGUGAGAUGAAGCCAAGCAUUGUAAAAUCACCAAAGGAUGUGACCCGCAUGACGUCACAGUUGACCCUAAAUAUCCCAACGGUAGUAGUGCUGUGUGACCACAAUAAGAUGAUAUUAAAGGCGGCCUGCGAAGGAAUAUCACAGGAACACGUGAAUAAUCUCGUUUUGGUUGCCUCUCGUCCGGACACCAGUGGACUGUUCAAAGGAUUUGAAAUCAUGGUUUUAACACACAAUUGGGUUUCCCAACAACUUGUGAAUAUCAUGCUGUCGAAGACUAGAAAUCGACAAUCGCAUUUGUAUACCAACAAUGUCUUUCAUGAAACAAAACAGGGCAGCUCGUCCGAAUAUAAUGAUGAGGUAUCAUCACAACAGGCUUUAUUUAGGCCACUCUCAGAAAGUUCUUUGAUAGAAAAUGUACACGAAACACAAACGCAAUCUCGUGCAUUUGAUCCAACUGGUGCAGUCGUGAGCACAGGUUUAUACAGAAAAAAGGCCGAUCGAACAAGAAGUGACGUUUUCGGGGACAUCUUUGUAAAUACAAAAAGCGGAUGUCCUGAGGAAGGACUCAGAGGAGUCUUUGUGCGACAGCGGACAUACACUGGAGAAGAUUACAAUGGUGAGACUUUUGAUGUAUUUCUGGAGAAGUUCUUAUCCUCAGACGAAACUGACGCACAGUACCAAACCAGAGUCAUCACCAACUCGUGGAUACCGCAAUGCAGGGAGAAAAAUGAAUUCGUGCCACUGAUUCAUUUAAUGAAGGGAGGCGACUCCAGCCUACAGAAGCUGCUCGCGGAAGUAGCUUUUGAGAUCCAGUUGAACACCAAGGAUAGGUCAUGUAACAUUGAGCAUCUCCUUACUGGACUAAACUCGUUUGUCGAUAUUUGUCAAAGCACUUACUCUGACACUGAUUUGGUAGAGAAGUUUACACCACUUUUUCUGAACACCGUCUCUCUUCUGCUCGCCUGUAUGGUGGUAAAGGAAUCUGACGGCGAGACGAUUCCGUAUGUGCUAUCACAAUGCAAUCAGGCACUUACCACUGCAUCAGGGAUCAGAGGCAAGGGGCAUAUUGCGGCAAACUGCAUGUACCCUAUCACAGAGAUUCUGACUUGUAUGGUUCACCAGCUCCGUAGCAACUCCAAACUACAGAAGUCGAAGUACAAGGAUGCUGUUUCAAACAAGAAGCUGCAAAAAUAUAUUUCCAAAAUGUCCUUCCUGGAUAUGUACUCACUGUUUCUGGAUAUUUUGCAACGGCUGAAGCAGAAGUAUAUUUCUGAAGACGUUGACGCACUGAAAUACAUGGUCCACUGCCUCCUUGACAAACACCAAAAGCAAACGAAGACCGAACCGCUCACUCAUGCCAUCUUGAUGUGUGUUACUCAAGGCAUUGUAACGCUCAUAAAGGGCGCUUUUGCACGAAAUGAACAGGGCAUCAGUGAAGAGCUAGACAUCAUGAAACUCCUUGAUGUGAUGACUUUGUAUUUUGACAACCGGAAAUGCGGACAGGUGAUGCGAACGCACCUACUGUCGGAGGUCGAGUGUUUGUUGUUCCUCAAAGAUAAAGAUCUUGUACACAAUGUGUGGUAUUGGCAUAACAUGAGCGGCAUGCAGUCCCAGCAGUUACAGAACAAAACGCUCGAUCACAUAGAACAACUGCUACAACCGCUAAAUUUUCGAAUUCUCAGAGCAGACUACGUCCCAAGCAUUGCUUUCUCUCCUGCUUGGUGUACGCUACACGGGACUGCCACUGGGCCUCGAGAUGUCACACUGCACUGCCUUCUGCCGAGUAUGCAAUGCCUUCUGGGUGGCUCUAUGGCUGAUUAUAAGGUCAAGGCUGACAAGGUGGACACAAAAUAUGAAAUCAAUACUCUUGAAAUACUCCGGAUCAUUCAGGCUGAGGGCAAUCACCAGAGCAUCUUGUCGUUGCAUGCAUACCAAUGUAGACCACUUCCGCUAUUCUUCGUUGUAGACAGAUAUAAAGGGGCGGAUUUGUUUUCUUACCUUCACCAGCGUCGGAAGGAUAACAACUGGAUAAAUUUAUCUGCUCUCGCAAGUAUUGCGUAUGAUAUUCUCAGCGCCGUUGACUUCCUUCACUCGAAGAAGGUUCUUCAUAGAAACCUCACCGCGUCUAGCUUUGCACUGGACCAUAACAAAAGGAUAGUCCUGACAGAUUUCAGCAUUGCGAAACACGUGGACGCCUCUGAAGUAUCUGUGCAGGACCUGGAGGGGACGGGCGUUCCAACACGCUGGACGGCCCCAGAAUCCUUGCUUGAGGGAAGGUUCGACGUACGGACAGACACAUGGAUGGUCGGACAACUCCUGUACGAGAUUUACACACACGGGUGUCAGCCGUUCGUCGAGCUUUACACCAUUUCCACAGAAAAGGUUAUGGAAUGGGUUGUGUUCCAAAAGCUGAUGCCAAAACAAUGGCCGUGUAUUCCACGUAAAGUGCAUGACGUCAUACUAAAAUGCGUCCAUACGGAAGCAGACGAACGAGUUGAUCUGUUGUCUGCUAGGCACGUGUUUCUGUCAUACAGACACUCCCCAGCUAAUGCACAGCCCCGAUUGCCUGUAAGCCGUGCCUGUGAUGAGGACAGAUUGUACCCGGAUCUUCCCUCCAAUCACAGUCAGACCAUGGCCAUUGAACGGGGGAUACCUCGAUUUUUUCUUAGCCUCCGGAAAGGCAAGUUAGGGCCUCGUUGUUCAUAUAUGUACAUGAAUGAACGCCGUCUACAGCGCAUGGUGAGCGUAAUUCUCGAAGCUACCCAUCAGGAUCUUUUGUCGCCAGAUCAACCUAGGUAUUCAACCAAGGAUUGCUUCAUUGAAGUAACAGAGCCCGUUACCCAAGCCUUCGUAGAGAACGUAUACCCUCUACUGACCGGUCUUGUGAUGAAAUGGUUACAUAUUCGACACUGGCCAGUCGUUGUGCAGGAUCAUGCGAGUACUGGAGCUUUGGAUUUCAACUGUUCUCUGGUGUACGGUUGUGACCAAGGAGAAAACAUUUUAGACCUUGCUUUGGCCAAUAGGCUCGGCAGCCCAUCUGUACCCGAGAACAUGGCAAAGUACUACGGAAUUGUUCAGAGUCUCGCAGGCCUGAUAAGUAGCAUGCACGCCAAAGACUUUAUCCUACGGGACCUGUGUGCUGCUAACACGUUCUACUGUGAAGCAUCGGACAAGGUCUUUAUUCCACGUCUUGGUCGGAUGCUACACCUUGGCUCGAACUGUACUUUGGAUGACAGCAUUCUGGCAGACAAGCCUCCUAACAGGAACCGCUGGUUGCCAAUCGAAGUCCUACAAAGCGCCCAGUACUCCAAACAGAGCGAUAUGUACGCGUUUGCCAUGACAAUGUUCGAAUUCUUUACGGCUUUGGACGCAUUAACUAAAGAUCCAAAUGCCAACACCCUCAAAACUGUCCCGUUCGCAACAGUCAAGACAAGUCUGCUGCUGGAACAUUUAUACAAAGGAGAAACUCCUGGUAAACCCACACUAUGCCCCGGAUGGCUCUAUGAGAUCAUGCAGAAGUGCUGGGAUCGUGAUAGGACACAGAGGCCAGAUAUUGACGAUGUUUUCCGUCUGCUGCACGACAGAUUGAACGGUAAAGCAGUAGAAGCAGAUUCUGGAUAUGAUUCCUUACAUCAGCCACCAAAACACCGCAGGGCGACUCCUAGCGGUUUGUACCGGAUUGGUAGAAUCCCAUUACGGAGUGGGUCCUUGGGUCAACUAGCUUUCACGACGUCCAGAAACCUCUCCGUUACUACCUUGGAGCGAAUAGAGUCCAUGAAGAUGUUGAAUGAUGCGGAUUCUGUGUUUUCGUGUGAUAGGAGCAGUUGCGGAACAUCCUGCUUCUGCUCGGAUUGUGAAAGCAACACCGGUGAUGUACCAUUUAUACCUUUGAGAGAGAAGUCUAACGUCGGAAGACGUUGCCUCAGCAAGGACAGAAUUACCAUGUACGACAAGAUUCCAGAACGAUCAUCCGCAUUUGAUAAACGCUCUAGAUGUGAUAUCACGUCAAUGUACGACACAGUCCCAGGACUCACACCGACGGAAAUUCGGAAUAUGAAAAGGGACACCGCAAUGAAAAAGGCCCUCCUCAACAGGCAAGCAGGUUCUAGUCAGACAUUGCCAUACUAUCCCAGCAGAAACCUGGACAAGAAAAUGCUAACCCCCGAAGAACAGAGGAAAAAGAUGAUACAAAUCCCUGUGCCACAGAAAAGCAACACAUUGCCUCCAAAAACUCGAUCGCUUGAUGUUUACGUCACGUCUGUGUGAAGGUCUACGAAUUAGGGCCAAGUUACGCAAAGGUUGGACAACGUUAACGUUAGUGAAAAAAUCAGAUUGCUGACAAUAAGAAGUGAUAAGCAGUGAAAUGAUAUCUGGUAGUUUUGAGUUUGUUGUUUUCAUAUUUCUAAAGUUGUCUUAACCACUUGAUGACUCUAACCAAACCUUGAGCAACUGAGGCAAGACGUCCAAGCCAACUCGUUUUGUUGAUAAUGACAACAAAGACAGCUGUUUCUCUUUACACUCACAGUGUUAUUGUGACAGUUUUGAUAAAACAACUUGCUAUGUGUUUGCGUUUAUAUUUGAGAUUCACAGUGUAAAUAUAGGGGCAGCUUGCGUAUACACUUGUAUAAAGGAACAUUAAUUGGCAAAUCUUAUGAACGAUUACGGUUGUCUUGUAUAACGGAAAAUAGAAAAAAAAAACUGUUGUAAUCACCUUUUUUUUGUGACGUGUCACUGUAAGUUUGUAUAUAAAGCAGUGAUUGCCUACUUUUGUGAGGGGUCACUGUUAGUUUGUAUAUAAAGCAGUGAUUGCCUACUUUUGUGAGCGGUCACUGUUAGUUUGCAUAUAAAAACAGCGAUCGCCUGCUUUUGUGAGGGGUCCCUGUUAG